UUCACUUGUUCCUUCAGUAUCGGAAGAGCUGCGAUCUCACUGCUGAUUUCUGAUUCGCUGACUUCCUUUUAUAGAAGCGAACGUUUAAAGGGCUCUCAGUGCACCUUCGGCAUUGGCGAGAAAAGAGAGGUCCAAUGGGAAUUUCCUGAAAGCCAACUAGAAACAAUCAGAGACUGACUGCACUGCAGAGCACUCCCCCCGACUCAGAAGAAGAGCGCAGUGAUCCAUGUGCCCGAGAUUACAAUGACGGCUUCAGGCAUAAGCACCGACUUGCAACAUUGAAGGCUCUGCUUAUACAGAAGAGCUUCCUGACAAUUGCGUGCGGAAGGUGAGUUAAGCUUGCCCUUCAAAGACGUUAAACUUUGGAAAGAAUAUCUCUAACUCAUGUUUCUGGUAAACUGAAACAAGACAACCGAUAACAAAGACGAUCUAAAGCUGGGCUUCACUUUUCUGUUUGGAAAAAGUAUACAAUGAGUACUAAAUCAUCGAAUGCCUCUGCUACCCAAUGCACAGUGAACAACAACAUGGAACCAUUCACUUACUUCUAUUACUUAAUCUUCCUGAUUGGCAUCAUUGGGAGUUGCAUAGCACUUUGGGCUUUUGUCAAACAGAGGAAAUCCAAAAAAUCCCUUAAUAUCUACCUUAUUAACCUUCUGACUGCCGAUUUUCUGUUAAGCUUGGCUCUCCCUUUCAAAAUAGCUGUCGACUUAGGCAUUGCUCCCUGGGGUAUGAAGAUCUUCCACUGCCAGGUAACGGCAUGUCUCAUGUACAUUAAUAUGUACGCAUCAAUUAUAUUUCUUGGCUUUGUGAGCAUAGAUCGGUACGUUCAUCUCUCUGGUAGUGUAAGGUUCCAGCAGAUACAGAAACCAGGUUUUGCAAAAAUGAUAUCUGCAGUUAUAUGGACAAUGGUGUUGUUAUUGAUGGUACCAAACAUGGCAAUCCCUUUCAAAAUCAUACCUCCGAAGCCUAUACUGAAGUGCGCGGAGAUCAAACAGAUAAUGGGGCUACACUGGCACGUCUUCACCAACUUUAUCUGCAUUGCCAUAUUCAUGAAUGUUUCUGCUGUACUCUUGACCUCAAACUUUCUCCUGGUGAAAAAGCUCCACAGAAUCAAGGACAAAGAAAUGCAGAGUGACGUAAAGCAAACGCUGAGGCACAUUUUGAUACUGACUGGCAUCUACAUCAUUUGUUUUGUGCCGUACCACAUUAUUCGGACUCCGUACACUCUUAGUCAAUACAAGCCAAAGGAAGACUGCAAUCUGCAAAGAUCACUGUUCCUCGCCAAGGAGUCGACCUUUCUUUUGGCAGUUCUCAACCUUUGCUUUGAUCCCAUUUUGUACUUCUGCCUCUGUAAGUCAUUCCGAUUAAAAAUCACAGAAACUUUUGGAACAAAAGAGACAAGGUGCAAGGCAAAACAUGAGGCUGAAAGGAGGAAUGCGGAGAAUGAUUUAAACCUAGUUUAGCUAAACCGGAUGUUACCAGCUAUAUAUCUUACUAUUUUGAUUUGAAUGCUACAAAGUGCAUAAACAUAUUGAAUCUAUGAGAGUAUUGUAAAUUGUGAUAAGAGAUAAAUAUUUUUCGUCAUUAAGGGAGUCCAGUUCAUGCACAUACGCUGAGGCCACAUUUUUUUUUAGGUACACCUGUACACCUGCUCAUUAAUGUAAAUAUCUAAUCAGCCAAUCAUUGGCAGCAACUCAAUGCAUAAAAACAUGCAGAUAUGGUCAAGAGGUUCAGUUGUUGUUCAGACCAGACAUCGGAAUGGGGAUGAAAUAUGAUCUAAGGGACUGACUGUGGAAUGAUUGCUCGUGCCAGAUGGGGAGGUUUGAGUAUCUCACAAACUGUUGAUCUCCUGGGAUUUUCAUCCACAACAGAGUUUACAGAGAAUGGCGCAAAAGAAAGCACAAUGAAUCGGGAAAAAAAAUCCCAUGAACCACAGUUCUGUGGUGAAAACACGUUGUUAAUGAGGGAAAUCAGAGGAGAAUGGCCAGACUGGUUCAAGUUGACAGAAAGACAACAGUAACUCAAAUAACUUCACGAAACAACAGUGCUGUUCGGAGGAGCAUCUCUUAACAUACACUUUUCAAACCUUGAACUGGAUGGGCUACAGCAACAGAAGAGCACAAUCAUACCUUCUAUUAAGUACAGUAGGGACCUUGUGUAAUAAUGUGACCACAGGGUAUAUGUAGCAAAGUGUGUUUGCAUUUAUGUGUAUAUAGUGCUGAAAUUAUAUUGCAUAUUUUAUAUUAUUUAAUUAAACUAGCAUUUUAUCUCAAUUAGAAAAAUGAUUAUAAACGAAGCCUCAUAUUAUUUUCUACAUAAACUGAUAGUCACCUCAUUGACAUUGUCCAAAGAGCAUCUGUCAUAAUUUGCUGCAGUAUUUCACAUAUUCAUAAUAUCCUAGAAGGCCAUUCGGCCCAUUAAACCUAUGCUGGCUACAAGCAGAGCAAGUUAACUAGUCAAAUUGCCCCUUGUACUUUUCCCCUGUAGGUCUGCAAUAUACUCCCUCACACACAACCAUUAACUUCAAAGGGCAAACGCACGUUAGUCAAUUAAACUGAAAGUGCUUCUUGAGAAGUGGGAGGCAAUCCACAGAGAAAUCUUCCAAACUUCACACAGGCAGCACCCAAGGUCAGAAUCGAACCUGGUUCCCUGGACCUGUGAGGCAGCAGCACUAGCUGCUUCACCACUCUGUUGUUCAAUACGCAGGUUAUUAGCAUAUUAUGGAUGCUUCAGCAAGACCCAUGACCUUCAAUCUCCUUGUACAGACACACCGGGUAGAUGGCACUAUUGAUUGGAAAUAAGGGGUCAAAGUUCAGAAUAUUUCAGUCAAAAGGCUCUCCUUGAGAGUAAAAAAUAUGUGACUGAACCAUUGCCUCUGGGGCACGUAUCAAAAGGAGUCGAUGGGCAGUUUACUUAAAGUGACACAUCAGACAGUUCUGCAUGA